CCAUUCCAUCCCCGCUUUAGAACUCAAAAAGUUGGACACCCCACGAAGAACCCCAAUAACCCGAUCUUCUUUCUUUACAUAUUUUCUGGUUUUGUGGGGCCAAGCAGAAUAGGCAAUGGCUUCUUCGAAAUCCCUAAUGGAUUUUUUGCAACCUGCCAAGCGCCUCAAACUCUCCUCCACCCCCUCAGAUAACUCCAAACCCAUUCAAAAUGUUUCAUUGCUUUCCGAAUCACUGAGCACCGUUGCUGACGCCGAACUCACCUCCGACCAAAAACAGCGCAUUGACUUCAACAAAUUUCUUGCGAAAUCCAAACGAAAUCUCAAAGUUUGCUCCCAAAGAGUUUCCAAAUCUAAGGGCGAAGAUGUGAGCUAUGUGAAAUUGGAAGAGCUGUUGGUGGAGGAGAGUUGGUUGGAGGUGCUUCCUGGAGAGCUAAAGAAGCCUUAUGCUAAAAGUUUAUGUGAAUUCGUUGGAAAGGAGAUAUGUGGAGGUCCUGCGCCCAUAUACCCCCCUCAGCACUUAAUCUUUAAUGCUCUUAACUCCACUCCUUUUGAUAGAGUGAAAGCUGUUAUCAUUGGACAGGACCCUUAUCAUGGCCCUGGUCAAGCGAUGGGUCUGUCGUUUUCAGUGCCAGAAGGGGUGAAGGUCCCUUCAAGUUUGGUAAAUAUAUUCAAGGAACUUCAUCAAGAUCUUGGCUGUUCAAUUCCAUCUCAUGGAAACCUAGAAAAAUGGGCUGUUCAGGGUGUUCUGCUGCUGAACACUGUUCUUACAGUUAGGAAUCAUCAAGCUAAUUCUCAUGCCAAGAAAGGAUGGGAGCAAUUUACUGAUGCUGUUAUUAAAGCAAUUUCAGAAAAGAAGAAAGGAGUUGUUUUUCUCCUCUGGGGAAACCCAGCUCAAGCGAAAUCCAGGUUGAUUAAUGAGACGAAGCAUCACAUUCUCAAAGCAGCACAUCCUUCUGGUUUGUCUGCAAAUAGAGGCUUCUUUGGCUGCAGCCUUGAGGCAGUCGUGUGAAGCCAUUUCUAGCCUUGUGAGACCAUUUCUAUCCUUGAAGCAAUAGUUGGAAGGUGGAAUCAACCUCGUGGUAUCUGUUUAGGCCAUUUUCAGCCUUGCACUGUUGUGUGGAGGCUUGUUUCGGCCUCAUGCAGCCAUGGGAGUCCUGUUCCGACCUCUCGUACCAAAUUUGGCCUUGUUGCAACCAAAUGAGGCCAAAACCAGCAUUGUCACAACAAUAGGAUGCCGGAUUUGAGAACGAAAAUGGUGGGGGAGAAGAAAAAGGGAAACAUGAGGCUAGGAUCAGCCAUGUAGGAGGCCGAAACUAAGAAUGGACAUGGUGGGGGAAAAGAAAAAGGGACGAGAAAGAGAAAAAAGAAAAGAAAAGACAGAAAUGAGUAUUAAAAGUCAAAAUGUAUGUAUAUUUUCUAUAUUCAUCUCAACCCCAUAUCAGAAUUAUCAUGUUGUUGUCCGUUAUUAUUUAACCCUUAAAACUUUAUCUGUGGU